GAAAAACAACGCACGUGACAUACACGUGCCUACACGUUCAAAACACGCCGAACUCAAAUCUUGCACCCAAUUGCUGUUUUGCCUUGCUCGCGCCUCUCAUUUGUUCUGUUGUUCUGAUUGUUGUGCUCACUGUGCAUCACGAUGACCUCGAUACCCAAGACACCAUCUCGCUAUAGAUCACGAUCAGAUGCAAAGACACCGCUCACUCCAUCUAUCAUUUCUGCCUUCAAUAGUAUCUCCAUCUCCCCGCAGAAACGGUCUCAUCCUGCUGACCUCUCAAAUCCAUUCAUCACAAAAUCGCGAGCCACAUCUCCCGUAAAACGUGCAACUGGAGGUGGCAUUGCCGUUUCAGACUCAUUUCAGCGUCAGGCAGGUGGAGGCGUCAUCAGAAAAGGCGGCAUCGAGACCCGUUUGGACGUUGUUUCACGCGACUACUUACCCCCUACAUCACAGCCUAGACCAGAGCUCAAACGCUCGAGAUCAACCCCUGCUACCAGAGAACGCACACAAUCCACUAGCGACAACCGUGAUCGUUUCAUUACCACUCGUGAAGCCGAUGACGUUGCUGCUACGCUUGAGCUCAUGAGUCUCAAUCCUAAAACCGCAUCACCCGGACACACUGCUCGCCUUGCGGCCGCUGCAGGUGUCCCUCUUAAUCGCCGCGUGCUGGCUUAUCACGAGGCGCCUCCAGCUUCCUCUUCAGACUCUACGCUUUCCCAACAACGUGAACUGGCUCGUCCGUUGUACGGACGCCCAGGUGAACUCCCUUCGUCAACCAGCUCUAUAACGAACAAGUCCCGCCGUAUUCCCACUCAGCCCGAGCGCGUUCUCGAUGCUCCAGGCAUGGUUGAUGAUUUUUACCUCAAUCUCGUGUCAUGGUCUGUCCAGAACAUUGUUGCUGUCGCCCUUGCUGAGAGCACGUACGUCUGGCGGGCCGAUACGGGGACCGUCUCCCACCUUGGUGAAGCGCCUGAGGGCACAUAUGUCUCCUCGGUUGACUUCUCGAAUGAUGGUGCUUACCUCGGUAUUGGUCUCGGUACCGGUGAAGUUGAGCUGUGGGACUUAGAAGCCGGACAAAAGCUCCGUACAAUGGGUGGACACCAAGGCCAAAUCGCUGUGCUCUCUUGGAACGCCCACAUACUUAGCUCUGGAUGCGGGGAUGGAAGCAUAUGGCACCAUGACGUCCGUGUCCCUCGGCACAAGGUUAUGGAGUUGCUUGGACACACAGGAGAAGUCUGCGGACUGAAGUGGAGAGCAGAUGGCGAACUACUAGCAAGUGGGGGUAACGAUAAUGUCGUCAAUAUUUGGGAUGGACGUGUAGGCGAUGUUACGGAGGGAGCUCGUGGGCAGGCGAAGUGGACGAAGCGGAACCAUACCGCAGCCGUAAAGGCGAUUGCUUGGUGCCCCUGGCAAUCUUCCCUCCUGGCCAGUGGCGGCGGCACGAACGACGCAACUGUCCAUAUCUGGAACAGCGGCACCGGUGCCCGUUUGCAUUCUCUCAAAACGCCAUCCCAAGUCACCUCCAUCAUCUGGUCACCGCACAAAAAAGAAAUCCUCACGACGCAUGGAUACCCGACGAAUGCAAUUAUGGUACAUGCGUACCCAUCACUCGAGCGCAUCGCAGAGAUACGGGACGCACACGACUCGCGGGUACUGUACACGGCGGUAGGGCCUGCGGGCGACGUCGUGUGCACGGGUGCGGGGGAUGAGAAUUUGAAGUUUUGGAGGAUAUGGGAGGGCGUGGGCGCCAAGAAGAAGAAAGAGGGGAAGGAGAGGUCGAGUUCGACAACGAGGUCGGGGAUCUUGUCGAUACGGUGAUCUGCAAGUUGUGCUGGCGCAUUCUUUACGGAACUUUACCUGCACAAGCUGUUAUAUGUAUGUUGCUCAUAUGACCCAGAGUAGUGACGAGUUGUGAAUGCAUGAGCAUCUGAGUCAAAUAGUGCA